GUUCUGCUGCUCUGGUUGAAUGCUUACGAGGAAAAACAGAGGAAGAGAUAGUACAGAUAACUCUAAAAAUGGCAGCUGUGCGCAUCAGUGCCUGUGUGGAUGGUGUAUUUCUUCCAAAGAGUCCCAAGCAAUUACUGUCUGAAAAAGCAAUCAAUGCAAUCCCCUAUAUACUAGGAAUAAAUAACUGUGAAUUUGGAUGGGGCAUUCCUAAAAUGAUGAAAUUUCCUGAUUUUACACACGGUCUGGACAGAGAAGUUGCGUAUCAAUUGUUACAGAACUCAUUAGAGUCAUCAUUUGAGGUAAGAGACCAUUUCCAGAAUAACCCAGUGCUACUUCUUGAGUGGGAUAAUUCAGUAUUCAUGUUUCUGAAGCUUCACAUGGAGACUAGAAAGGACACCUGGGGAUGGUUGGCACCAGGAGACCUGCGUGUAGCCAUCGGAAGUUUUGCUUCCUUUUGAUUUACAAAGCUCUCAGCUUUCUGGUUGCUUUGUGCUCUCCUGAAACCACG